AAUGAUCCUAACACUGUCACUGCUUCUUUGCAUACCGAUAUCACACUCAUACAAAAUCCUAGCCCUAACGCCCUACGAUGGCCAGUCACAUUUUGAAGUCUUCAAGCCCUUAUUCAAGGCCCUAAGUGAUAAAGGGCACAAUCUAACAUUAAUAACCUACUCCACAGCCCACAUAAGUGACCAAAUAAAAACCUACUGGCUAGAAAGGCCUGAAGUAACCAACGUUUUGUCAUUGCAAGAUCCUUAUGUAGGAUCGCAAAUUAUAAUACCAAUUGUCCUAGGCGAAAUGUCCAAAGAGUAUUGCGGAUACGGUUUGCAAACUGCGGCCUUUCAAAGAUUUCUAAGGGAAAACGAAGAUGUCAAGUUUGAUUUAAUAUUGGCUGAAUUGUUUAUUAGUGAUUGUUUUUUGGGAUUGGCCAACAAGUUUAAGGCACCAGUGAUAGGCUUAAGUUCCGGUGCGGCUCUGCCUUGGCAAGGCAAAUGGUUCGGUGCCCAACCGAAUCCGGCUUAUGUUCAAAGUCUUUUUGCAGGUUUUAGUUCGCCGAUGACUUUUUGGCACCGUUUGGAAAAUACUCUUUUGCAUAUUCACGCAAAUGUCUGGUACGAGCUCUUUAUGAAAAAACCAGGAAACGAAUGCUCCAAGAAAUUCAUUGGUUUUGAAGCAGCUGAUCCACAUGACACGAGCCUAUUUCUUGUUAACAGUCACCAUACUUUGACAGGGGUGCAACCCUUAACCCCCAACAUUAUCGAAGUUGCAGGCUUGCAUGUCCAAAACAGGAAACCUCAAAAAUUACCCAAGCAUUUGGACGACUGGAUUACCAAUGCAGAAGCUGGAGUGAUCUACUUCAAUCUUGGUUCAAUGAUCAAAAGCGACACAUUUCCUGAAGAACAACGACGCAAGUUUCUGAGAGCCUUUGCCAGGUUUCCUCAGAGAAUUUUAUGGAAAUGGGAAAAUGGUACUAUGGCCGACAAACCAGACAACGUUAUGAUCGACAAAUGGAUGCCACAAUAUGAUAUUUUAUGCCAUCCCAAUGUUAAACUAUUCCUGAAUCAUGGUGGUCUUCUGAGUACCGUUGAAGCAGCUCAUUGUGGUAAACCUCUAGUAAUAAUGCCUCAAUUCGGAGACCAAAAGCACAAUGCCUACGCAAUGGAAACCAAUGGAGUUGGAAUUCUAUUGAAUUUGCAAACUGCAACUGAAGAACAAAUUGUUGAGGCAAUUAAAAAAGCUCUACAACCAAAGACAAUUCAAAAUGCCAAGGCUUUAAUGGACAAAUUCAAAGACAGGCCUUUAUCUCCCAUGGACACUGCAAUAUACUGGGUGGAACAUAUUGCCAGGCACAAAGGCGGUCAACAUAUGCGAUCCAAAGCAAUUGACAUGCCAUUUUAUCAAGUCUACUUACUAGAUGUUAUCGGGUUUUUAGUUUGUACCGCCCUCUGUGUAAUGUUUGCCAUAUACAAAACUGUAAAACUAAUUUUAGGAUUAGGCAAAGCCAAAAAAACUACCAAACAAAAAACCUCCUAGAUAACCAAAAGUAAAUAC